AGGAGCACAGGGAAAAAAAAGCAAAGCAGCCAUUUUUACAGGCGCAGACUCCAUGGAAAGUUUGCUGAUGUGAUUUAGUUUUGUUCCUACUUUUUUCAUUUAUAAAGAUUUGUUGUAUUAUUGUUAAUCUAAACUCGUCUGAUAAUGAGCGCUAAGGACUCUGCUGCUCCCACGGAGAAGUAUAAGCUGGUGGUGGUUGGAGGAGGCGGUGUGGGGAAGAGUGCAUUAACCAUACAGUUUAUUCAGUCAUACUUUGUUUCGGAUUAUGACCCAACAAUUGAAGAUUCCUACACGAAAAUAUGUGCAAUUGAUGGAAAGCAAACGCGACUGGACAUUUUGGACACAGCAGGGCAAGAAGAGUUUGGUGCAAUGAGGGAACAAUACAUGCGUACUGGAGAAGGAUUCCUACUCAUCUUUGCCAUCAAUGACAGAGGAAGUUUCAAUGAGAUCAGCAAGUUCCAUACACAAAUCCUUCGUGUCAAAGACAGAGAUGAGUUUCCUAUGAUUCUGGUUGGAAACAAGGCAGAUCUGGAAGUCCAGAGGCAGGUUACCAAAGAGGAAGCUCUGAGCUUUGCACGCGAGAAUCACAUCCCUUACAUGGAAGCCUCAGCCAAACUCAGACUAAACGUGGAUGAAUCCUUUCAUGAACUUGUGCGAGCAAUAAGGAAAUUUCAUGAACUGGAGAGUCCUCCCACCCCAGCAGUAAACCCUAAGAAAAAAGAAUCCAAAUCCUGCCCCUGUGUCAUCCUGUAACUUGUUGCCGUGGGAAACCCAGAGUGUUGGAGCAGAAGCUGGGAAAUAUGAUUGGAGGAUUCAACAACGUACAGGAAUUGUGAAUUGUUCCUGCAGCAAAGCUCCACAUCCAUUGGCCUUCUCCAGCCAACUUGUCACGCCAAACCUGCAGAAGCUUGGAGAGCACAUCAGAAUGACAACUGCUUUAUUCUUCCAUCACACAAAUCACAUGCGUCGCCAGCUGACUCAGCCAACGGUGUUGGCGAUGCCUCUAUAGACAUCAGAAGCCCUGGGUAUAGGGUGAAAGGGUUUCAUUUACUACUUCAGUGAAAAGGCAAUAUGCACACAAAUCCUGCAUUUGUGCUGAUGCUUCAAUAUUUUUGUAUACUGGAGAUCUGCAUGUAAAUAUAUAUUCUGUAUAUAUAUUUUAUAUAUUUUUAUUUUCUCUUAUUUUAGUAUUCCACAAGAGGUUUGUAAUCAAGGAGGGUGUUACUGUUUAUUACUGUUGGUGUAUUGUAGAGGCAACAACAUUGCCUCCCUGUAACCCUACUUUGGUGAAAGGCUUUCAGCAUUUGUCUUGUUUACACUGUCAUUCUGUCCUUUUGUAUCCCUUACCCUCAUCACACGGUGGUGCCUGCUGCAAAAUCGUAAUAUACACUAUAAAAAAUGGCUGUGAAGUUAGGCUUCCAAAUUCUUCCAUACAAGAUUUCAGGUCUUUUGACAUUGUCUUGUGUUUUUGUAAGUGCCAUAUGCCUAUUUGUUGAAACAUGCUUUGGAUCCUGUGAACUUCAUUGAAAUGAAAUGAUAGAAAAAAUUAUUAUUUUUAUGCUUAAGAAAGAGGAACUAAGAAUGAAGUAUUGUCAUCUAGGAGUUGUAUUAUGAAACUUAUGUGAUACUCACGCUUUUAUUACUUACUUGUGGUUUUAAACGCUAACUUUUAAGGGACAUUGCAAUUUCUGCAGUAUUGAUCCUAUAAACCAUGUUGUUGGCUCCCACAAAGGGGUUACAUACAUAGGUAAAAUCCUAUUCGGGGGCUGCAAGAUGGUAAGCCAAUCAAGAGCUGUAUUUGCCUUACUGCCGUUUGCAGGCGUUUUUCUGUUUGGGAACUGCAAAGCUUGUAGUUCCUAUAGUGAGAUGUUACCUAUGUGGUAUCUAGGGUGAGAAUACAAACAUUACACACUAUAAUGAAUAAGAGCAGGUAAUGUUUACAGCCACAUGUCACUAAAGUUUACAGUAUUAUGACAUUGUAGGCUUUUGUAAUAAGUGCCAAUGUGAUGUUGCUUAUAAUAUAGGCUGUAUAUUGAAUACUGCAGAUAGUCACAUGCUUAGCCUCAUUAUUACAACAGUAUAACAUGACUCUAUAGAGCUGUUUAUUGAAUUUACUUCUGGAAAAGUGAACAGCUAAUCCAUUUUUAUUUUUUUAUCUUAGAGAGACCUUGAUGUGUUUCUGCUCAACAGAGGUCCAUUGUACAAACAAUCCCAACAGAUACCAGAAUGCUUGUAGAAAGCACUACCCUUAGUGCCCAUUAACCCUUUAACUGCAGUUCAUUGACACAUAGUUAAAGGUCUAAUUCUAUAUAGGGAAAAACAGUUUUUUGUUUUUUUUCUAAUCAACUCAGUGUUGCUGUGAAAAUACUACUGCAGCCAUGGUUAAGAUAAAAACAAAGCAAUCAGUAACAUAGGGUCGCCCUUUGCAUAGUUUGAUUGGAAACUACUUUACUGACUUGUAAAUUGCCAAUGGCAAAUACUAUUUUUAAGCAGUGAUUGCUCAUGCACCUUAUAAUAGGCAUGCAGAUAGGAGAGAGGUGAAAUCUAUUAAGUUUUAAUAAAACAAUUUUGGUGACGGUUUUAAAUUACUACAUAGAGCUGUAUUGUUCAUGGUUAUAGCACAGUCUUUUCUUCAGUCUUAGAGCUUUCUAUACAGCUGUGUGUCCUUGUGCAUUGCCCAUUAACUGAAAACAAUGGGGGGUUUUCAUCAGUUAGAAAGUUAAUAUUUGUACUGUAAUUCAGUAGAUGCAAUGACAUGUUCACCCUUUAAAAACAAGUUGGGUUAGAUACUGUGUGUGUAACUGGUAAAACCGCAAAUAUUAAUUAAAACCAAUUUUAGCAUAUAUUGUAAUGUCCUCUGUAAAACUAUAUAUAAUGAAUACAUAGUUCUUUUGGUGGGCACUUAAUAAUUGUAAAAUACAAUAUUAAAACCAAAAUCAUGUAGUGUCAUUGAUAGCAGGUAAAAUUUAAUAUAGACAAAUAUAUAGAAAUAAUAAAAUAGUCUGCAGUGAACUUGGUGUUAUACAGGUACAAAUCCCCAUUUUAUUUUAAAUAAAAUGAUUAAAAGUUA